AUGGUUGAAGAAUCGACAACGGACACCGGAUCCGAUGUAUUCGGGUUUCGAAUGCCAAACAAUAAGGCCCGAGACGGGCAGCUGCAGGAAAAUGGACCGAUACAAAGAAGAGGAGACGAGGAGGAUGAGGAGGAUGAGGAUGAGGAUGAGGAUGAGGAAGAGGAAGAGGAUGGCUAA